AUGUCCCAGCGCGACGUCGACUACAGUUGUGGAUGUUGUGGAUACCCUCUAAACCUUUCAUCUUCUAACCGAAGCACAUCUGAAGUAGGAUCCUCAUAUAAGAAGUCUCUGAAGAAAGGACUGAUUUCAUUCAUUUCUGUUGAUCUCAGCCGAUUUACUCAGGUGGACGAGGUAUCUUGCUUUCCCCUCACCUGGCGUAGUUACAGGCCAAAAACUAAGCUUCUCUGCCGAAAAUGUGGAGCAUCUAUUGGCUACGGAUACGAGCUACCUGACUCAGCUUUGAGCACACUGAGAAUGUCUGGAUCAUCUAUAAAAUCCCUUUCAUUCUACUGCUGUUCUGGUAUAACAGAUGAUGGUCUAGCACAGGUGGCAAUUGGGUGCCCUAAUUUGGUGGUUGUUGAACUUCAAAGCUGCUUUAAUAUUACAGAUGUUGGCUUGGAAAGUCUUUCAAAAGGCUGCCGUGCUUUGAAGAGUGUAAAUAUUGGUUCUUGCAUGGGCAUUUCAGAUCAAGGGGUUUCUGCAAUCUUUAGCAAUUGUUCAAACAUUUGCACACUAAUCAUUACAGGUUGCAGGCGUCUGUCUGGUAUUGGGUUCAGAGGUUGUUCAAGUUCAUUUUGUUACCUUGAAGCUGAGUCUUGCAUGCUUUCUCCAAAUGGUUUGUUGGACGUAGUUAGUGGCAGUGGACUCAAGUACCUGAACUUGCACAAGUUAGGAAGCUCAACUGGUCUGGAUGGCCUGGGCAACCUUGCUUUUGCUAAAAGCCUCUGCAUCCUGAAUCUCAGGAUGUGUCGCUACCUCACAGAUGAUUCCGUGACAGCAAUAGCCAGCGGGUGCCCAUUGCUUGAGGAGUGGAACCUUGCUGUCUGCCAUGGGGUCCAUUUACCUGGCUGGUCUGCAAUCGGGUUGUACUGCAAUAAGCUAAGAGUGCUGCAUGUGAACCGCUGCCGACACAUCUGUGACCAGGGUUUGCUGGCCCUCGGCAAUGGCUGUCCGCGCCUUGAUGUUCUGCAUAUAAAUGGCUGUGCCAAGAUCACCAAUAAUGGCCUGGCUUUAUUUACCAUUUCCAGGCCCCAUGUGAACCUAAGGGUGGAUGAAGUUUUGUCCAUUGGCCCUUCCAUUGAGAAUUUGUUCCGGCUGCAUUGA